CCCUUGCAGGUGAAGAGGAAGCUGAAUUUGGAGACGGAUCACCAGUACAUAGCAGAGAGUUUGCCAGUGAGCCGGGGCAAGGCCAGGAACCCUGCUAAAGGGGCAAAGUCUCCUGGAGAGAAGUCCCGCUAUGAAACCUCCCUGAACCUCACCACCAAGCGCUUCCUGGAGCUGCUGAGCCAGUCCCCAGAUGGUGUGGUGGACCUCAACUGGGCGGCUGAGGUGCUGAAGGUGCAGAAGAGGCGUAUCUACGACAUCACCAAUGUCCUGGAGGGCAUACAGCUCAUCACCAAGAAGUCCAAGAACCACAUCCAGUGGCUGGGCAGCCAGGCCACCGUGGGAGCGCCAGGCCGGCACCGGCUGCUGGAGAAGGAGCUGCGGGAGCUGCAGGCAGCCGAGCGGCAGCUGGAUGACCUCAUCCAGAUGUGCACGGUGCAGCUGCGCCUGCUCACCGAGGACCCCGCCAACCAGCACGCAGCCUAUGUCACCUGCCAGGACCUCCGCAGCAUUGUGGACCCCGCGGAGCAAAUGGUGAUGGUUAUCAAAGCCCCCCCAGAGACCCAGCUGCAGGUGUCAGACCCAGCAGAGGCGUUCCAGGUCUCUGUGCGAAGCACUCAGGGCCCCAUCGAUGUGUUCCUCUGCCCCGAGGACAGCUCGGGGGUCUGCAGUCCUGUCAAGAGCCCCUUCAAAGCCCCUGCUGAGGACUCUUCUCCCAGCCAUUCACAGCCCAGAGCCUCCCUGCUCCUGCAUCCUGCCCAGGAUGUGAACAUGCCGCUGCUGCCUGGAGAGCAAGAAGCGCUGCUGCCAGGGCCGAGCGCGCUGCCCAGCAAGAGCCCGGAGGAGGAGGUAAGCCUGUCCCCGCUGGCCUCCAUGGACAUGCUGCUGGAGCAGAGCAGGGAGGACUUGGCGGGCUUCUUGGCCGAUGAGUUCAUCAACCUGUCGCCGCCGCAGGCGCAGGACUAUCACUUUGGGCUGGAGGAGGGCGAGGGCAUCAGUGAGCUCUUCGACUGCAACUUUGGGGACUUCACCCCCUUGGACUUCUGAAGCUGUGCCCGCCCGGGUGCUCGGGGGAGCUGCCAGGGCAGGGGGCAGCGCUGGCAGGGCAGGGCAGGGCGGGGCAGGGCUGCCCCUCUGGCUCCAGUGCCCGCCGUUCCUCCCCCAUCCCUUUUUGCAAUAUUUUCUCGUUAUCCCUCCAGCCUGCUGGCAUCCCCAGCUCCAGCCCCACAAGAGGAUGCCAGGGUGGGGUUCCCAUCUCGGGGGACCCCCCAUCUCGGGGGACCCCCCCAUCUCGGGGGCCCUGAUCAGGGGCGACUGCCCAGGGCAGAGCCACUGCCCCCCAGGAGCCCAUUCCAGAGCUUUAAGCAGUCCUGUGUAUAGAUUAAUGAUUUGAUUAAUUUAUUAUUGUCCCCUGGGGACAGCGUUUCAUUUCCAUGGGGGUUUGGGGGGGCUGUACAGCAGAGUGGGGGUGCUGAGAGUUUUUGUUGUGCUGGGAGGGGGUGGUGGAGAUGCGGGGGGCUCUGGGUUGGGGCUGUCCCCCUGCAUGGGGGCUGCCCACAGCCUGGCUGAGCGUGGGUUAUUUAUUUAUUAUUUAUGGCAUGUGGAGCUCUCCCAGGACAUGGAGGGGGCAGGAGGACAGUGCUGGUGGGACAUGGAGGGUGCCACCAGGGUCUCACCAGCACAUCCUGGCUUUGCUUGUGUCCAGAACGGGGCUGGCAAGGCCACGGCUGUGGCAGGUGGCUGCGGGAGCGGGGACGGGGCUGGGUGGGGCUGGUGGCCCUGGCACCGUGUGCGUGUCCCCUCAGGGGACACAGAGGUGUCCAGGGGGAGUGUCUCUGCAGGUGAGCACCCAACGCUGUCUCCAGGCUUCCCUUCCCCUCCCUGUGCAGCCCUUCAGCCUUACGGCUCUGGCUCCCCAUCCCAGGCCACUGGGGCUGGGAGAGGAGGGGAGGGGGGUCCUGGGGUCCCCCUGGGCUGAGCUGGAGACGCACUUUCACUUUUACUGCCAUUUAACAAGCUUGUGUUCCUCUGAGCUUUGUGUUUAAUAAAGGUUUCUACUGACUCUG